UGGGCUAGGUGGUACCUCCUCUCACUGAUUCCUGGUGAGCUGCGGAUUCGAGCUACUGCUGAGGGCCUUCGGAAGGGCCGGUCUGUGCGCUGCGACCCCGGACUGGCUGUGGGGAGUUGGCAGCGAGGGCUUCUUGGCCAGAGCUUGGCCGGGCAGAUCUCAGGAUUUCCAGAAGAAAAAGAUCAAGGAGGAAUUAUCAAGAAUAGAUUAUUUUUCUGAAUAGUUAAUUCAGUUUUUAAUGGCCACAACCCUGGCCCUUCAGACUGCAGAUAUGCAGGAGGAACCCCUGACAGUGAAGGUAAAGGAAGAGGAGGACCAUUCCUGUGGGCCGGAAUCAGGCCUGUCAAGAAAUAACUGUCAUACUGCAGAGAUCUUUCGUAGACGCUUCAGGCAGUUCUGCUAUCAGGAGACACCUGGGCCCCGGGAAGCUCUUCGAAGACUCGAAGAGCUCUGCCACCAGUGGCUGAGACCAGAAGUGCAUACUAAGGAGCAGAUCCUGGAGCUUCUGGUGCUAGAGCAGUUCCUCACCAUUUUGCCCGAGGAGCUCCAGGCCUGGGUGAGAGAGCACCACCCUGUGAGUGGAGAGGAGGCCGUGACUGUAUUGGAGGAUUUGGAGCAAGAGCUGGAUGAGCCAGGAGAGCAGGUCCUGACCCAUGCUCAUGAGGAGAAAAUGUUUGUAAAGGAGAAGACAACUCCAGGAGCCAAUCAGGAGUCAUCAGGUGGCGAGUUCCAAACCUUGGAAGAGCAGCUUCCGUGUAAUUUGCAAGAAGUGUGCCCAGUACAGGAGAGUGAUGGCAAGGCUAGGACUUGGAAUGUGGAAUUAGCCCCAAAGAGGGCGAUUUCUAAGGAAAUAAAAUCUCUUGUACAAGUUUCUGGAAAACUGAAUGGUGAUAUUACUCAGAUGACUGAAUGUGGAGACAUCUGUGACCGUGAGGGCAGAUUGGAAAGACAACGGGUAAGCUCUUCAGCAGACAGACCCUAUAUUUGUGGUGAAUGUGGAAAAAGCUUCACCCAGAAUUCUAUCCUCAUUGAGCACCAGAGAACGCACACCGGCGAGAAGCCCUAUGAGUGUGAUGAGUGUGGGAGAGCCUUCAGCCAGCGGUCAGGCUUAUUCCAGCACCAGAGACUACACACUGGGGAGAAGCGCUACCAGUGCAGUGUUUGUGGCAAAGCCUUUAGCCAGAAUGCUGGGCUUUUCCAUCACCUAAGAAUCCACACUGGCGAAAAACCUUACCAGUGCAAUCAGUGCAACAAGAGUUUUAGUCGACGUUCUGUCCUCAUUAAGCAUCACAGAAUUCACACUGGAGAGAGACCUUAUGAAUGUGAAGAAUGUGGGAAGAACUUCAUUUACCAUUGCAACCUCAUCCAGCAUAGAAAAGUCCACCCUGUGGCUGAACUGAGCUAGCACCUUGGAACAGGUCUCCCUAUUCCCUGAGACACAACAAUAUUGAAAUAAGACCAGUUAACAACCCUAUAAUGGGCUUGGCACCCAUAGCUCAGUGGUUAGUGCGCCAGCCACAUACACCAAAGCAGGCGGGUUCAAACCCAACCCGGGCCUGCUAAACAACAAUGACAACUGCAACAAAAAAAUAGCCAGGCGUUGUGGCAGGCACCUGUAGUCCUAGCUAUUUGGGAGGCUGAGGCAAGAUAAUCGCUUAAGCCCAAGAGUUUGAGGUUGUUGUGAGCUCCACAGCACUCUACUGAGGGCAACAUAGUGAAACUCUGUCUCGAAAAAAAAAAAAAAAAAACUUGUAAAUUAUUAAACUUAGGAAAGAAAGGCAAAAACUGAGAUAGGCUGAAUGAUAAUCCUCUUGCAUCAGUUAACCAAGUUGCAAAUGCAAAGGAAAAGUUCUUAAAGGAAAUUAAAAGUGCUAUUCCAAUGAACACCUAAGUGAAAAAGUAAAACAGCCUUGUUGAUAUGUAGAAAGUUUGAGUGGUCUGGAUAGAAGAUCAAAUAAGCUACACAUUCCUUUAAGACAAAGCCUAAUCCAGAAUAAGUCCCUGUCUUUUAAUACUAUGAGGCUUGAGAGGUGAAGAAGCUGCAGAAGAGUUUGAAGCUAGCAGAGGUUGGUUCACGAGGUUUAGGAAGCUGUCUCCAAAAUAUAAAAAUGUGAGGUGAAGCAGCAGUUGCUGAUGUAGAAGCUGCAGUGAGUUAUUCAGAAGAUUUAGCUAAGUUGAUGGAUGAAGGUGGCUACACUAAACAACAGAUUUUCAAUGUAAAUGAAACAGCCUUACAUUAGAUGCCAUCUAGGGCUUUCAUAACUAAAAAGAAAUCAGUGUCUGGCUUCAAAGGACAGGCUGAUUCUCUUGUUAGGAGCUAAUGCAGCUGAUGAGUUUCAGUUGAAACCAAUGCUCAAUUACCACACUGAAAAUCCUAGGGGCCUUACGCCUUAUGCUAAAUCUAUGCUGCCUGUACUCUGUAAAUGGAACAACAAAGCCUGGAUGCUAACACAUCUGUUUAAAGCAUGGUUUACUGAAUAUUUACAACCCAGUGUUGAGAUCUGCACAGAAAAAAAGUUCCUUUCAAAAUAUUAACUGCUCAUUAACAGUGCACCUAGUCACCUGAGAGCUGAUGGGAAUAUACAAAGAGAUUAAUGCAGUUUUUGUGUAUUCUAACACAACAUCCAUUAUUUAGCCCUUAGUUCAAAAGGUAAUUUCAACUUUCAAGUUGAAAAUUAAAGACAUACAUGGAGUAAGACCAUAGUCUCCAUAGUUCGUGAUUCCUCUGAUGGAUCUGGGGAAAGUCAACUGAAAACCAUCUGAAAAGGAUUCAUCAUCCCAGAUACCAUUAAGAACAUUCAUGAUACAUGGGAGAAGGCCAAAAUGUCAACAUUAACAGGAAUUUGGAAGAAAUUGAUGUCAGACCUCUUGAAGGGUUCAAGACUUCCGUGGAAGAAAAAACUUGCAGAUAUAUCCAAAAUAGCAAGAGAAUUAGAAGUGAAGCCUGAAGUUGUCAUUGAAUUGCUUCAAUCUCAUGAUAAAAUUUUAGGGAAUGAGGAAUUGCUUCUUAGAGAGAAACACAAAGAAUGUUUUCUUGAGAUGGAAUCUACUCUUGGUAAAGAUGCUGUGAACACUUGAAAUGACAAUGGAGUAUUUAGAAUAUUACAUAAACUUAAUUGAUAAAGCACCAGCUGGGUUUGAGAGCUUCGACUCCAAUUUUGAAAGAAGUUUUACUGUGAGUAAAAUGCUAUCAAACACCAUUGUAUGCUGCAGAGAAAUCUUUCAUGAAAGUAAGAGCCAAUCAAUGCAGCAAACUUCAUUGCUGUCUUGUUUUAAGAAAUUGCCACAGUCACCUCAACCUUUAGCAACCACCACACUGAUCAGUCAGCAGCUAUCUACAUCAAGGCAAGGCUCUCCACUAGCACGAAGACUCACUGAAGGCUCCAAUCAUUGUUAGUAUUUUCCAUCAAGAAAAUCUUUUUUUAAUUAGGGUACACACUUUUUUUUUUUUUUUUUGCAGUUUUUGGCUGGGACAGGGGCUGGGGCAGGGCCUCUACCUGCCACCUCCGGUAUAUGGGGCAGGUGCCUCACUCCUUUGAGCCACAGAUGCUGCCCUAGGGUAUACACAUUUUUAGACACAAUGCUAUUGCACACAUACAUUCAGUAUAAUAUAAACAUAACUUUUAUAUGCACUGGGAAACCAAAAAGUUUGUGUGACUUUCUUUAAUGUGAUAUUUGCUUUAUUGUCAUGGUCUGGAAACAAACCUUCAAUAUCUCUGAGGCCUACCUGUAAAUGUUAAUUGACUAAAUUUCUGACAUGCAAUAUAAGCAGGCAAAUCUGUUUGUGUUGCUUUUUGCAAUUAUUGUUUUUCUUCAUCUGAAUAAUUCACUAAAUUUUCUAGAUCUGAAAGCUAAUAGUCUUAUUAAUUGAUCCUAAAGUUACUAAAACAAUUUAGUUGAUUUCUAUGCCAUUUUUACUUGUUUAUCUUCUGCAAAGUUUCUUUAGCUUCAAAUCAUUGCCUUGAUCACAGCCAUGCUCUCUGAGUAAAUAUAGUCACAGUUUGGAGUUGGUCUCUGUUAACAAUGGUGUAUUAUGCCUUAUGAAGCACACCUACUGCUGCAGUAAGCCAGUCUUCUGAGCUGUUCCACCCAGGAAUGGAUUCGCUCUGGCCCUACUGGGCUGCCGAAGAAAUGCCAAAUAGUUAAAGAAUCUAGCUUGCACAGAAAGGGAGCUGCUGGCCAGAGCUCUGUAGACAAAACUUUAGGCAGUUCUGCUAUGGUCAUUCACUUAGGUCUCAAGAGUCUAGCUCCACCCUGAGUGGCUGAGACCAGAGAUAUAGAGCAUCCUUGCUUGGAACUACUGAUCCUGGAACAGUUCCUGAUCAUCCUGUUCAAGAACUCAAAGCCUGGGAGUAGGCAAAAGUAUAGGAAGGAGGCUUUCACUGUACUGAAGAACUUGGAGAGGAAGCUGAAUGAUUGAGGAGGAAAGCUAAGGUAGAGAAAAAAUGGACUAUUAUCAAACAGCAGGUAUUAUCUCCAGAGAGAGAUAGGGAGUUGAGAUAUACUCUCUAGUCAGAAGAAAAUGACUCACAUGUAUUGGCCAGAGUUAUUUGUUUUUGUUUUGUUUUUUCUUUUUAAUUUAUUGGCCCUGUGUAUUUUCCUCUCUGUAUCCUUUUAUCUUCUGCACUUACAGAUUAGGAAAAUACUGCUUUCUGCCCUUCCAUCCUGUGUUCCACAGUAAUAGAAUCUUAAGCUCUUGGCAAAUUCCACCCUGGACAAAUUGCAUCAAAUUUCCCCAGAUCUCUGCCCUCCUCCAGGGACAAGAAAUAAUGUCCCAAGGACAAGUCAUGUAUCUGGCAGCAGAUACAUAGGACUUCCCUAGGGUCCAACUCCAGCCAGUGAACAUCAGCUCAGGUUUGAAUAUUGGGAACAGCACCUUAUUCAGGAGAAAGUUGAGAGGAGGAGAUCUCACUGGGAAAAAGUUAGGAAAUGUUGGUGUCUUUGCAUUUUUUCAAUUGAGCCUGAUCACUAAAAUGUUUCCUAUCUUUCAUUUGAUCUUUAUGUCCUGUUCCACUUUGUACCUGUUCCUUUAAGCUUAUUGUUUUGACCUGGAUUAUGUUUCUUUUCUUUCUUCACUCCUUUGCAUUAAAACUAUU